AUAGAAGAAAUGGCUAAUGCUAAACCCUUGACCCAGAACCAGCCUGCACCGUCACGCUUCAAUUUAGUGAGACUCAUCGCCAUAGUCUUGCUCACACUCAUAGUGCUCGUGGGUCUAACCAUUCUAAUCAUCUGGCUAACCAUCAAGCCAAAGAAGCUAGUCUACUCCAUCGAUGAUGCCGCUGUCCACAACUACGUUUUAUCCAAUAGCAACCACUUAAAUGCAACCUAUUACUUUAUCCUCCGAGCAUACAACCCUAACAAGAAAGUCUCUAUUUACUACGACAAAGUUGAUGUUGUUGUCUUGUAUGACGAUGAAACUCUCAGCACGGGGACUAUUGAUCCGUUCUAUCAGCCCAAAAGGAAUGCGACUAGUUUCAAGUUGAAUCUUUCGUCACGUGAUGUGUCGUUGCCACAACAAAUUGCACGAGACAUGAAGGUCGAGAGAUCAUCAGGUCAGAUCGAAAUGACUGUGAAACUGAAGGCGAGAAUAAGAUUCAAGGUCGGAGUGUGGAAAUCAAGACACUAUGGCAUGAGAGUAACAUGUGCACCUAUUAUGGUUCAUUAUUCUUAUUCUUCCAAGGGAUUUCAAAAGAUUUCGUGUGAUGUUGAUAUUUAAUUUCGGGGUUAAUUUGUUAUUUUCUUGAACAUGAGGGUUUGUUUUAUAACUUUUUUGUUGUUGUUGUCUUUCUAUCUUUUCCCCUUUUAUUUAUGUGGAUUUGAUUGAAUUUCAAGUAUUAUAAUUUGUAUGUGUGAUUUAUUUAAUUGAAAAUAUCAAUCGUUACCU